AUGUCUAGAAAUCGUUGUGAUUGGUCCAAGCUUUGUCCUGAUGUUUGCGGAUCGAUCCUCGAACGUUUAAGCGCUAAAGAUUUUCAUCGAGCGAGAACGGUUUGCUCAAACUGGUAUUCCGUUUCAAGAACUUGUAAGCUGUAUCCAUGGCGUAUUCAAUUCAACGAGUGUUCUACCUCAUUGUUCGAUCCCGUAGAAGACAAGAAGAUUCACGAAACAGAACAUCCCGGAAUCGAAUUUUCGAAAAGCUAUGUUAUGGCUAGUUGCAGCAAUUGGCUCCUGGUGGUUGAUUUUCUUGUAGAUCUAUAUCUUCUGAAUGUGUUUACUAGCGAGAGAAUCAGUGUUCCAUCGAUGGAGUCAAUGUUUCUUGGUCAAGCAAGAUUCCAAGGAGAAGACGACUGGGAACAAUUCAUCAAGCGAACUAACAUAGCCUCCUUCAGAAAAUCGACGGCUUGUCUUUGGAUUAACGAGAGAACAAGAGACUAUGUUAUAGCUUGGAGUUACAAGGAGCAUUACUUGUUCACGUACAAGAUCGGAGAUGAUUCCUGGUGUAAUCUUGAAGGCACGCAGUGUAAAUCUAUGGCGUACAAGAACAACAAGCUUUAUGUGUAUACCUCUGAUCAUUACAUCAAGACUCUUGAUUUAUCUAAAAAUUCUCCUAACGAGAUCGUGGAAGGUAACCCUUACCGUAGUCAUCGUUUUCACUUUGUUUCGAAGCCUAAGGAAUACAUAUGGAAGAAGAGAAUAGCGAUUACGAGCUCUGGAGAGGUUUUGAUCGUUGUGAGCUUAAAAGGUUUAGCAGAGAAGCGUUACUUUUACGUCUUCAAGAUGAAUGUUGGAAGUGGUAAUUGGGAAAGAGUAGAUUCUCUUGGAGGUGAAAUGUUGAUAUUUGGUCAUGGGCACACGAUAAGAGCUCCCAUCAAAGAGAUCAAUGGUGAGGGAAUCAAGGGUGAUUCGAUCUGUUUCGAUGAUGAUGAUCUUAUGCCAGGUAGUGAUUAUUUGAGUGCCUACAGAAAAAUUAACUGCGGUGUAUUCGAUCUUGCGACAAGUACAAUCACAUGGUCUAAGACGUUAGAUGCUCCGUUCUUGAAGAGUUCUUGGUUUGUUCCAGGAUAUGAUCAGUCUUGA